AUGAAGUUAUUAAGUAUUUUACUAUAUAAAUGGAACCCUGAUAAGCCUAUUUUAUUAUCAAGUUGCUAUAACUUGGGUGAUUUUAACUUUUUCCAACGGAAAGCUAUGCAAGAACAUAUUUUAUUUCAUAGUAGAUUACUCUGUUCACGAGUUGAAGCUGGAAAUAGAGUUACUGUAUCUUUUCCUCAAGAUUUGGGACACUGCCAUAUAUAUAUAACUGAUAAUGGCUAUGCUAUAUGUUGUAUAACUAGCCCUGAUUAUCCUGUACGCUGUGCAUUUUCCCUGUUAACUCAGUAUUUACAGGUUUACUUGAAAAAUCAUAAUUUAAAUGUAGACCCUUUGCUAGCUAAUAAAGAUUGUAACGAAACUUUGACUCAAUGUGAAGAAUUAUUUAAUAAGUAUCAGGAUCCCUUGAAUAAUGACAGAAUAUUUAAGGUACAAAAAGACUUAGAUGAAGUUCGAGAUGUCAUGCUAAAAAAUAUCGACGAUUUACUUCAUAGAGGCGAGACUCUCGACACAUUAAUGCAAAAAAGUUCUGAUUUAAGUGCAGCAUCAUAUCAAUUUUAUAGAACUGCUAAAAAGAAUAAUCAAUGCUGUCAAUUAUAUUAG